CCCGCUCUUACUUUGAUCGACUUGCCAGCACAACGUCUUUUUGAGAGAAGCCAGAAAGAAAAAGAAAAAAAGAGAUAGAUAUAUAUAAGUAGUUCUUUUAUUUUUAAAUUUUCUUUUACUUGUUGUUUUUUUUUCCCUUCUUUUUCUCUCUUUAUAUCGUUCAUACUAUAUAUUUCCAUCUGCUUCUUCACAAUUGAAUAAACCCCAUGUCUACUUCUACUUCUGGUGCAUGUUUGACGGCCAGUGAUGGCUUAUCAAGCAAGUUCCCAACGUUCCGGUUGCUUGUUGUUGAUGAUGAUGCUACUUGUCUCACACUAUUGGAAAGAAUGCUUAAGGAGUGCCACUAUGAAGUUACCACGUGUAAUCGAGCAGAGGUUGCAUUGUCAUUGCUCCGCGAAAACAAAAAUGGCUUUCACUUGGUGAUAAGCGAUGUCCACAUGCCAGACAUGGACGGUUUUAAACUUCUCGAGCACAUUGGUCUGGAGAUGGACCUGCCUGUUAUAAUGAUGUCUGGGGAUGAUAGUAGAAAUGUAAUUCUGAAAGGUGUGAUUCACGGUGCACUUGAUUAUCUGAUCAAACCGGUGCGUAUUGAGGCACUGAAGAACAUUUGGCAGCAUGUGGUUCGACAAAAUAAGGAUGAGUGGAAGGGCAAGAUUUUAGAUCAGUCAGGAAAUAUUGAAGAUGGAGAAAGGCUGCAAGAACCAGCAGUAGAUGUUGAGUACUCGUAUUCAGCUAAUGAAGGGAGGUUGAAAAGCUCAAGGAAACGUGAGAAGGAAAAUGAAAUGAAAGAAAGGGAUGAUAUAUCCACAUCGAAGAAAGCACGUAUAAUUUGGUCAGCGGAACUUCAUAAAAAGUUUGUACAAGCUUUCAUGCAACUUGGACCGGACAGGGCUGUUCCCAAGAAAAUUCUCGAACUGAUGAAUGUUCCGUGGCUAAAAAGAGAAAACGUUGCUAGCCACCUUCAGAAAUACCGGUUGAUUCUACGGAAGGAUAAACUGGAUAAUGCUUUCAUGGGACAAUCGGAAGCAACUGUUGGGACAUUGUCAAACGGUCUUGAUCUUCAAGCUCUUACACCUACGGGUCAAUUUCCCGCUCAAAGCCUUUCUACCUUCCCGUUGUCCGCCACAUUGGGUAGGCCUGCAACAAAAUCUCCCAUAUGUAUUCCCCUAGCAAACCAGAGAAACCAUUUUAGCUUUGAAAAUUCCAUGUUGAGCUAUCAAGGUCAGCAACGACUGAACAAUGGCAAUAAGCAAGUUAACUUGCUUUAUGGAAUCCCAACUACUGUGGAACCAAAGCCAUCCUUUGUGGAAAUGAAUAUGCAGCAACAAAAUAAAUCUUUAGUUGCACGGAUUUCUCAACCACAGUUACGAGCUCAGAUGCUAAGUGAAUGCAAUAAGGUCCUAUUACGGAAUGGUAUUGUUGAUAGUGCGCAAGUUAGUAUGUUCAAUCAUGUUCCCCAAGUGUCUUCAGCAGUAGAUUUCUCAUUAAAUCAAAACAUAUGUUUUUGGAAAUUUCAUUGGCUAACGAAUUUCCAUAUCCAUGGUAAUUUUCCGAGUGGACCUCCUGGAAAUGUUAACGUUAGUCCGCAAGUUAACUCGGUUACCAUUUUCCCUGAGCAAUUUGGACAAGAGGACCUCAUGAGUGCCCUUUUCGAGCAGCAACAACAAGAAAGUGAUGGACCAGUUGAAGCUGAGUUUGGCAAUGAUGAGUAUGCAUUGGACAAUCUUCCUACGUGA